AUGGCCGAAACGGCGCUUCUGAAAUAUAUACAGGGAAUCAGCUUCCCCACGGAAGUUCUCGCGAAGUGCCAGAAAUUACAGAAAUCCAGCAAGAUAUACCUAUUCAACCCUAUGCUCGACGAAGAUGGGAUCAUACGUUGCAGAUCGCGUUUGGAAAAAUCCGGCGACCUGUCUUUCGGGGAGAAAUUCCCAAUACUCUUAGACGGGAGAAACCAUUUCGUUCGCCUGCUAAUAGCCUGGAUUCACGAGACUAAGUGCAAACAUGCUCAAGGCAUUUCCACGAACCUACAUCACGUUCGAACUGAGUUUCUCAUCCUUAGAGCCAGGAGCUCAAUUAACAAAGUCCUCAGAGGCUGUAAAGUAUGUGCGAGGUUCCGAGCGAAGGCAGGCGCGGAGGUGACACCCCCCUUGCCGGCUUUCCGCAUUGAGGAAACCCCGCCAUUCAGUGUUACCGGCAUCGACUUUGCGGGGCCUAUCACAGUGAGAGACAAUCAAGGCAAUAAAUUCAAGAGCUACAUAGCUCUAUUCGUGUGCCCAGUCUCCAGAGCCAUUCACCUCGAGUUGACGCCCGAUCUCACAACAUUCGAAUUCCUCUUAGUCCUGCGGAAAUUCAUCAGUAGGUUCCCUUCAGUGACGAGGAUAAUGUCAGAUAACGCGGCGACCUUCAAGCGCGCGGAGAAAGAGUUAGAGAUGGCAUACCGAAACGCAGCAGAACCGGAGAUCCAACACUACCUGGCGAAAGCGAAAAUCGAGUGGGAGUUUAUUACCGACAGAGCCCCAGUACAGGGUGCUUUCUGGGAAAGGAUGGUUCAGCUCGUCAAGAAACCUCUCAGGAAAGUUCUGGGCACCAAUGUUCCCCGAUUCAGGGAGCUCGAAUCAAUUCUCGCGGAGAUAGAACUCUGCAUAAACCUGCGGCCGAUUUCGGCACUGCCAUCCGAGUUUUGCGACAUCCGAGCUUUAUGCCCUAUGGACUUAGUCUAUGGCUACCACGCAAAAGCACGCUUUCCCGACUCCUCAAAGAUGAGGAUGCCGGAUCAAGGGGCCGCACAAGCGAUAAUUCUCACCAAAGCUUGGAGACGUCAACAGACCGUGUUGAACGCGUUCUGGAAAAGAUUUCAAUCCGAGUAUUUACAACAACUUAGAUCAGCUCAUGAGAGUAAGCCAGGGGAGACCCGUUCGCUCAGGGUCGGAGAUGUUUGUAUCCUUGCGGAUCCGAGCCCUUCGAGAAGCUUCUGGCCUCUCUGUAAAAUCGUCGACGUGUUCGGUGGGCAAAGAACCGAUCUACGACAGAGAUCUUGCAUGAUCCAAUUCGGUAACGGAAAAAUCGUCAAACGACCGAUAUCCAUGAUUUACCCGCUGGGUUUCAGUGAAAACUAA